AUGGACCAACGAGCCAGCUGGUCCACGUGUUUGACCAACAGCCCAGUGGUCCACGUGUUUGUUGGACCAACAAGCCAGCUGGUCCACGUGUUUGAUGGACCAACAAGCCAGCUGGUCCACGUGUUUGAUGGACCAAUCAAGCCCAAGCUGGUCCACGUGUUUGUUGGACCAACAAGCCAGCUGGUCCACGUGUUUGUUGGACCAACAAGCCAGCUGGUCCACGUGUUCGAUGGACCAACAAGCCAGCUGGUCCACGUGUUUGAUGGACCAACAAGCCAGCUGGUCCACGUGUUUGAUGGACCAACAAGCCAGCUGGUCCACGUGUUUGUUGGACCAACAAGCCAGCUGGUCCACGUGUUUGAUGGACCAACAAGCCAGCUGGUCCACGUGUUUGAUGGACCAACAAGCCAGCUGGUCCACGUGUUCGAUGGACCAACAAGCCAGCUGGUCCACGUGUUUGUUGGACCAACAAGCCAGCUGGUCCACGUGUUUGAUGGACCAACAAGCCAGCUGGUCCACGUGUUUGAUGGACCAACAAGCCAGCUGGUCCACGUGUUCGUUGGACCAACAAGCCAGUUGGUCCACGUGUUCGAUGGACCAACAAGCCAGUUGGUCCACGUGUUCGAUGGACCAACAAGCCAGUUGGUCCCCGUCUUCGUUGGACCAACAAGCCAGUUGGUCCACGUGUUUGUUGGACCAACAAGCCAGUUGGACCAACUGGCUAGUUGGUCCACGUGUUCGAUGGACCAACAAGCCAGUUGGUCCACGCGUUCGAUGGACCAACAAGCCAGUUGGUCCACGCGUUCGAUGGACCAACAAGCCAGUUGGUCCACGCGUUCGAUGGACCAACAAGCCAGUUGGUCCACGCGUUCGAUGGGCCAACAAGCCAGUUGGUCACAGCGUUCGUUGGACCAACAAGCCAGUUGGUCCACGCGUUCGAUGGACCAACAAGCCAGUUGGUCCACGCGUUCGAUGGACCAACAAGCCAGUUGGUCCACGCGUUCGAUGGACCAACAAGCCAGUUGGUCCACGCGUUCGAUGGACCAACAAGCCAGUUGGUCCACGCGUUCGAUGGACCAACAAGCCAGUUGGUCCACGCGUUCGAUGGACCAACACGACAGUUGGUCCACGCGUUCGAUGACCAACAAGGACAGUUGGUCCACGCGUUCGAUGGACCAACAAGCCAGUUGGUCCACGCGUUCGAUGGACCAACAAGCCAGUUGGUCCACGCGUUCGAUGGACAACAAGCCAGUUGGUCACGCGUUCGAUGGACCAACAACCAACAGCCAGUUGGUCCACGCGUUCGAUGGACCAACAAGCCAGUUGGUCCACGCGUUCGAUGGACCAACAACCAACAAGCCAGUUGGUCCACGCGUUCGAUGGACCAACAAGCCAGUUGGUCCACGCGUUCGAUGGACCAAACUGGACCAACAAGCCAGUUGGUCCACGCGUUCGAUGGACCAACAAGCCAGUUGGUCCACGCGCUCGAUGGACCAACAAGCCAGUUGGUCCACGCGCUCGAUGGACCAACAAGCCAGUUGGUCCACGCGCUCGAUGGACCAACAAGCCAGUUGGUCCACGCGCUCGAUGGACCAACAAGCCAGUUGGUCCACGCGCUCGAUGGACCAACAAGCCAGUUGGUCCACGCGUUCGUUGGACCAACAAGCCAGUUGGUCCACGCGCUCGAUGGACCAACAAGCCAGUUGGUCCACGCGCUCGAUGGACCAACAAGCCAGUUGGUCCACGCGCUCGAUGGACCAACAAGCCAGUUGGUCCACGCGUUCGAUGGACCAACAAGCCAGUUGGUCCACGCGCUCGUUGGACCAACAAGCCAGUUGGUCCACGCGCUCGUUGGACCAACAAGCCAGUUGGUCCACGCGCUCGAUGGACCAACAAGCCAGUUGGUCCACGCGCUCGAUGGACCAACAAGCCAGUUGGUCCACGCGCUCGAUGGACCAACAAGCCAGUUGGUCCACGCGCUCGAUGGACCAACAAGCCAGUUGGUCCACGCGCUCGAUGGACCAACAAGCCAGUUGGUCCACGCGCUCGAUGGACCAACAAGCCAGUUGGUCCACGCGCUCGAUGGACCAACAAGCCAGUUGGUCCACGCGCUCGAUGGACCAACAAGCCAGUUGGUCCACGCGCUCGAUGGACCAACAAGCCAGUUGGUCCACGCGCUCGAUGGACCAACAAGCCAAAUGGUCCACGCGUUCGAUGGACCAACAAGCCAGUUGGUCCACGCGCUCGAUGGACCAACAAGCCAGUUGGUCCACGCGCUCGAUGGACCAACAAGCCAGUUGGUCCACGUGUUCGAUGGACCAACAAGCCAGCUGGUCCACGUGUUCGAUGGACCAACAAGCCAGCUGGUCCACGCGUUCGAUGGACCAACAAGCCAGUUCGUCCACCCGUUCGAUGGACCAACAAGCCAGCUGGUCCACGCGUUCGAUGGACGAACAAGCCAGCUGGUCACGCGUUCGAUGGACCAACAAGCCAGCUGGUCCACGUGUUCGAUGGACCAACAAGCCAGCUGGUCCACGUGUUCGAUGGACCAACAAGCCAGCUGGUCCACGUGUUCGAUGGACCAACAAGCCAGCUGGUCCACGCGUUCGAUGGACCAACAAUGGUCCACGUGUUCGAUGGACCAACAAGCCAGCUGGUCCACGUGUUCGAUGGACCAACAAGCCAGCUGGUCCACGUGUUCGAUGGACCAACAAGCCAGCUGGUCCACGUGUUCGAUGGACCAACAAGCCAGCUGGUCCACGCGUUCGAUGGACCAACAAGCCAGUUGGUCCACGCGUUCGAUGGACCAACAAGCCAGUUGGUCCACGCGUUCGAUGGACCAACAAGCCAGUUGGUCCACGAACAAGCCAGUUGGUCCUCGUAUUCGAUGGACCAACAAGCCAGCUGGUCCACGUGUUCGAUGGACCAACAAGCCAGUUGGUCCACGUGUUCGAUGGACCAACAAGCCAGCUGGUCCACGUGUUCGAUGGACCAACAAGCCAGCUGGUCCACGUGUUCGAUGGACCAACAAGCCAGCUGGUCCACGUGUUCGAUGGACCAACAGGUCAGCUGGUCCACGUGUUCGAUGGACCAACAAGCCAGUUGGUCCACGUGUUCGAUGGACCAACAAGCCAGUUGGUCCACGUGUUCGAUGGACCAACAAGCCAGUUGGUCCACGUGUUCGAUGGACCAACAAGCCAGUUGGUCCACGUGUUCGAUGGACCAACAAGCCAGCUGGUCCACGUGUUCGAUGGACCAACAAGCCAGCUGGUCCACGUGUUCGAUGGACCAACAAGCCAGCUGGUCCACGUGUUCGAUGGACCAACAAGCCAGUUGGUCCACGUGUUCGAUGGACCAACAAGCCAGCUGGUCCACGUGUUCGAUGGACCAACAAGCCAGCUGGUCCACGUGUUCGAUGGACCAACAAGCCAGCUGGUCCACGUGUUCGAUGGACCAACAAGCCAGGUGGUCGACGUGUUCGAUGGACCAACAAGCCAGCUGGUCCACGUGUUCGAUGGACCAACAAGCCAGCUGGUCCACGUGGUCGACGUGUUUGAUGGACCAACGAGCCAGUUGGUCCACGUGUUUGAUGGACCAACGAGCCAGUUGGUCCACGUGUUUGAUGGACCAACGAGCCAGUUGGUCGACGUGUUUGUUGGACCAACGAGCCAGUUGGUCCACGUGUUUGAUGGACCAACGAGCCAGUUGGUCGACGUGUUUGAUGGACCAACAAGCCAGUUGGUCCGCGUGCUUGACGUGUUUGUUGGACCAACAAGCCAGCUGGUCCGCGUGUUUGUUGGACCAACAAGCCAGCUGGUCCGCGUGUUUGUUGGACCAACAAGCCAGCUGGUCCGCGUGUUUGUUGGACCAACAAGCCAGCUGGUCCGUAUCUUUGUUGGACCAACAAGCCAGCUGGUCCGCGUGUUUGUUGGACCAACAAGCCAGCUGGUCCGCGUGUUUGUUGGACCACAAGCUAGCUGGUCCGCGUGUUUGUUGGACCAACAAGCCAGCUGGUCCGCGUGUUUGUUGGACCAACAAGCCAGCUGGUCCGCGUGUUUGUUGGACCAACAAGCCAGCUGGUCCGCGUGUUUGAUGGACCAACAAGCCAGCUGGUCCGCGUGUUUGAUGGACCAACAAGCCAGCUGGUCCGCGUGUUUGAUGGACCAACAAGCCAGCUGGUCCACGUGUUUGAUGGACCAACAAGCCAGCUGGUCCACGUGUUUGAUGGACCAACAAGCCAGCUGGUCCACGUGUUUGAUGGACCAACAAGCCAGUUGGUCGACGUGUUUGUUGGACCAACAAGCCAGUUGGUCGACGUGUUUGUUGGACCAACAAGCCAGUUGGUCGACGUGUUUGUUGGACCAACAAGCCAGUUGGUGGACGUUGUUUGUUGGACCAACAAGCCAGUUGGUCCACGUGUUUGAUGGACCAACAAGCCAGCUGGUCCACGUGUUUGAUGGACCAACAAGCCAGCUGGUCCACGUGUUUGUUGGACCAACAAGCCAGUUGGUCCACGUGUUUGUUGGACCAACAAGCCAGUUGGUCCACGUGUUUGUUGGACCAACAAGCCAGCUGGUCCACGUGUUUGUUGGACCAACAAGCCAGCUGGUCCACGUGUUUGUUGGACCAACAAGCCAGCUGGUCCACGUGUUUGAUGGACCAACAAGCCAGCUGGUCCACGUGUUUGAUGGACCAACAAGCCAGCUGGUCCACGUGUUUGAUGGACCAACAAGCCAGCUGGUCCACGUGUUUGAUGGACCAACAAGCCAGCUGGUCCACGUGUUUGAUGGACCAACAAGCCAGCUGGUCCACGUGUUUGAUGGACCAACAAGCCAGUUGGUCCACGUGUUUGUUGGACCAACAAGCCAGCUGGUCCACGUGUUUGAUGGACCAACAAGCCAGCUGGUCCACGUGUUUGUUGGACCAACAAGCCAGCUGGUCCACGUGUUUGAUGGACCAACAAGCCAGCUGGUCCACGUGUUUGAUGGACCAACAAGCCAGCUGGUCCACGUGUUUGAUGGACCAACAAGCCAGCUGGUCCACGUGUUCGUUGGACCAACAAGCCAGUUGGACCAACUGGCUAGUUGCUUUCCAUCACCUCACUCCAUUCUCCCGCUUUCCAUCACCUCGCCCAAUUCUCCCGCUUUCCAUCAUCCCUCCCCAUUCUCCCUCUUUCCAUCACCCCGCCCCGUUCUCCCUCUUUCCAUCAUCCCGCCCCGUUCUCCCGCUUUUUAUCACCCCCGCCCUAUUCUCCUCUUUCCAUCACCCCGCACGAUUCUCCCGCUUUCCAUCACCCCGCCCCAUUCUCCCUCUUUCCAUCACCCCGGCCCAUUCUCCCUCUUUCCAUCACCCCGCCCCAUUCUCCCUGCUUCCAUCACCUCGCCCCAUUCUCCCGUUUUCCAUCACCCCUCCCCAUUCUCCCUCUUUCCAUCACCCCGCCCCAUUCUCGCGCGGGAUUUCCAUCACCCCGCCCCAUUCUCCCGAUUUCCAUCACCCCGCCCCAUUCUCCCGCUUUCCAUCACCCCGCCCCAUUCUCCCGCUUUCCAUCACCGCGCCCCAUUCUACCGCUUUCCAUCACCGCGCCCAUUCUCCCUCUUUCCAUCACCCCACCCCAUUCUCCCUCUUUCCAUCACCCCGCCCCAUUCUCCCGCUUUCCAUCACCCCGCCCCAUUCUCCCGAUUUCCAUCACCCCGCCCCAUUCUCCCUCUUUCCAUCACCCCGCCCCAUUCUCCCGCUUUCCAUCACCCUGCCCCAUUCUCCCGCUUUCCAUCAUCCCGCCCCAUUCUCCCUCUUUCCAUCACCCCGCCCCAUUCUCCCUCUAUCCAUCACCCCGCCCCAUUCUCCCGCUUUCCAUCGCCCCGCCCCAUUCUCCCGCUUUCCAUCACCCCGCCCUAUUCUCUUGCUUUCCAUCACCCCACCCCAUUCUCCCUCUUUCCAUCACCCCGCCCCAUUCUCCCUCUUUCCAUCACCCCGCUCCAUUCUCUCGCUUUCCAUCGCCCCAUUCUCCCGCUUUCCAUCACCCCGCCCCAUUCUCCCGCUUUCCAUCACCCCGCCCCAUUCUCCCUCUUUCCAUCACCCCGCCCCAUUCUCACUCUAUCCAUCACCCCGCCCAAUUCUCCCGCUUUCCAUCACCCCGCCCCAUUUUCCCGCUUUCCAUCACCCCGCCCCAUUCUCUUGCCUUCCAUCACCCCGCCCCAUUCUCCCUCUUUCCAUCACCCCGCCCCAUUCUCACUCUAUCCAUCACCCUACCCAAUUCUCCCGCUUUCCAUCACCCCGCCCCAUUUUCCCGCUUUCCAUCACCCCGCCCCAUUCUCCCUCUUUCCAUCACCCCGCCCCAUUCUCACUCUAUCCAUCACCCCGCCCAAUUCUCCCGCUUUCCAUCACCCCGCCCCAUUUUCCCGCUUUCCAUCACCCCGCCCCAUUCUCCCUCUUUCCAUCACCUCGCCCCAUUCUCCCUCUUUCCAUCACCCCGCCCUAUUCUCCCGCUUUCCAUCACCUCGCCCCAUUCUCCCGCUUUCCAUCACCCCACUCCAUUCUCCCGCUUUCCAUCACCCCGCCCCAUUCUCCCGCUUUCCAUCACCCCGCCCCAUUCUCCCUCUUUCCAUCACCCCGCCUCAUUCUCCCGCUUUCCAUCACCUCGCCCCAUUCUCCCGCUUUCCAUCACCUCGCCCAAUUCUCCCGCUUUCCAUCAUCCCUCCUUAUUCUCCCUCUUUCCAUCACCCCGGCCCAUUCUCCCUCUUUCCAUCACCCCGCCCCAUUCUCCCGCUUUCUAUCACCCCGCCCCAUUCUCCCUCUUUCCAUCACCCCGCACGAUUUUCCCGCUUUCCAUCACCCCGCCCCAUUCUCCCUCUUUCUAUCACCCCGCCCCAUUCUCCCUCUUUCCAUCACCCCGCCCCAUUCUCCCUGCUUCCAUCACCUCGCCCCAUUCUCCCGCUUUCCAUCACCCCGCUCCAUUCUCCCUCUUUCCAUCACCCCGCCCCAUUCUCGCGCUUUCCAUCACCCCGCCCCAUCCUCUCGAUUUCCAUCACCCCGCCCCAUUCUCCCGCUUUCCAUCACCCCGCCCCAUUCUCCCGCUUUCCAUCACCCCGCCCCAUUCUACCGCUUUCCAUCACAGCGCCCCAUUCUCCCUCUUUCCAUCACCCCGCCCCAUUCUCCAUCUUUUCAUCACCCCGCCCCGUUCUCCCGCUUUCCAUCACCCCGCCCCAUUCUCCCGAUUUCCAUCACCCCGCCCCAUUCUCCCGCUUUCCACCACCCCGCCCCAUUCUCCCGCUUUCCAUCACCCCGCCCCAUUCUCCUGCUUUCCAUCACCCCGCCCCAUUCUCCCUCUUUCCAUCACCCCGCCCCAUUCUCCCGAUUUCCAUCACCCCGCCUCAUUCUCCUACUUUCCAUCACCCCUCCCCAUUCUCCCGCUUUCCAUCACCCGCCCCAUUCUCCCGCUUUCCAUCACCCCGCCCCAUUCUCCCGCUUUCCAUCACUCCGCCCCAUUCUCCCGCUUUCCAUCACCCCGCCCCAUUCUCCCGCUUUCCAUCACCCCGCCCCAUUCUUCCGCUUUCCAUCACCCCGCCCCAUUCUCCCGCUUUCCAUCACCCCACCCCAUUCUCCCGCUUUCCAUCACCCCGCCCCAUUCUCCCGCUUUUCAUCACCCCGCCCCAUUCUCCCGCUUUCCAUCACCCCGCCCCAUUCUCUCGCUUUCCAUCACCCCGCCCCAUUCUCCCGCUUUCCAUCACCCCGCCCCAUUCUCCCGCUUUCCAUCACCCCGCCCCAUUCUCCCGCUUCCCAUCACCCCCUCCCUAUUCUCCCUGUAUCAUCACCCCACCCCAUUCUCCCGCUUUCCAUCACCCCGCCCCAUUCUCCCUCUUUCCAUCACCCCGCCCCAUUCUCCCGCUUUCCAUCACCCCGCCCCAUUCUCCCGCUUUCCAUCACCCCGCCCCAUUCUCCCGCUUUCCAUCACCCCGCCCCAUUCUCCCGCUUUCCAUCACUCCGCCCCAUUCUCCCGCUUUCUAUCACCCCGCCCCAUUCUCCGCCCCAUUCUCCCGCUUUCCAUCACCCCGCCCUAUUUUCCCGCUGUCCAUAACCCCGCCCCAUUCUCCCGCUUUCCAUCACCCCGCCCCAUUCUCCCGCUUUCCAUCACCCCGCCCCAUUCUCCCUCUUUCCAUCACCCCGCCCCAUUCUCCCUCUUUCCAUCACCCUGCCCCAUUCUCCCUCCUUCCAUCACCCCGCCCCAUUCUCCCGUUUUCCAUCACCUCGCCACAUUCUCCGCUUUCCAUCACCCCGCCCCAUUCUCCCUCUUUCCAUCACCCCACCCCAUUCUCCCGCUUUCCAUCAACCCGCCCCAUUCUCCCGCUUUCCGUCACCCCGCCCCAUUCUCCCGCUUUCCAUCACCCCGCCCCAUUCUCCCUCUUUCCAUCACCCCGCCCCAUUCUCCCGCUUUCCAUCACCCCGCCCUAUUCUCCCUCUUUCCAUCACCCCGCCCCAUUCUCCUUCUUUCCAUCACCCCGCCUCAUUCUCCCUCUUUCCAUCACCCCACUCCAUUCCCUUCUCCCGCUUUCCAUCACCCCGCCCCAUUCUCCCACUUUCCAUCACCCCGCCCCAUUCUCCCUCUUUCCAUCACCCCGCCCCAUUCUCCCGCUUUCCAUCACCCCGCCCCAUUCUCCCGAUUUCCAUCACCCCGCCCCAUUCAACCGCUUUCCAUCACCCCGCCCCAUUCUCCCUCUUUCCAUCACCCCGCCCCAUUCUGGUCCACGUGUUUGUUGGACCAACAAGCCAGUUGGUCCACGUGUUUGUUGGACCAACAAGCCAGUUGGUCCACGUGUUUGUUGGACCAACAAGCCAGUUGCUCCACGUGUUUGUUGGACCAACAAGCCAGUUGCUCCACGUGUUUGUUGGACCAACAAGCCAGUUGCUCCACGUGUUUGUUGGACCAACAAGCCAGUUGCUCGACCUGUUGUUGGACCAACAAGCCAGUUGGUCGACGUGUUUGAUGGACCAACAAGCCAGGUGGUCGACGUGUUUGAUGGACCAACAAGCCAGGUGGUCGACGUGUUUGAUGGACCAACAAGCCAGGUGGUCGACGUGUUUGUUGGACCAACAAGCCAGGUGGUCAACGCGUUUGUUGGACCAACAAGCCAGUUGGUCGACGUGUUUGAUGGACCAACAAGCCAGGUGGUCGACGUGUUUGAUGGACCAACAAGCCAGGUGGUCGACGAGUUUGAUGGAGUAACAAGCCAGCUGGUCCACGUGUUUGUUGGACCAACAAGCAAGGUUGUCCACGUGUUUGUUGGACCAACAAGCCAGUUGGUCCACGUGUUUCAUGGACCAACAAGCCAGUUGGUCGACGUGUUUGUUGGACCAACAAGCCAGGUGGUCGACGUGUUUGAUGGACCAACAAGCCAGUUGGUCCACGUGUUUGAUGGACCAACAAGCCAGCUGGUCCACGUGUUUGAUGGACCAACAAGCCAGCUGGUCCACGUGUUUGAUGGACCAACAAGCCAGUUGGUCCACGUGUUUGUUGGACCAACAAGCCAGUUGGUCCACGUGUUUGUUGGACCAACAAGCCAGCUGGUCCGCGUGUUUGUUGGACCAACAAGCCAGCUGGUCCGCGUGUUUGUUGGACCAACAAGCCAAUUGGUCCGCGUGUUUGUUGGACCAACAAGCCAGUUGGUCCGCGUGUUUGAUGGACCAACAAGCCAGUUGGUCCGCGUGUUUGAUGGACCAACAAGCCAGUUGGUCCGCGUGUUUGAUGGACCAACAAGCCAGUUGGUCCGCGUGUUUGAUGGACCAACAAGCCAGUUGGUCCGCGUGUUUGAUGGACCAACAAGCCAGUUGGUCCGCGUGUUUGAUGGACCAACAAGCCAGUUGGUCCGCGUGUUUGAUGGACCAACAAGCCAGUUGGUCCGCGUGUUUGAUGGACCAACAAGCCAGGUGGUCGACGUGUUUGAUGGACCAACGAGCCAGUUGGUCGACGUGUUUGAUGGACCAACGAGCCAGUUGGUCGACGUGUUUGAUGGACCAACGAGCCAGGUGGUCGACGUGUUUGAUGGACCAACGAGCCAGUUGGUCGACGUGUUUGAUGGACCAACGAGCCAGUUGGUCGACGUGUUUGAUGGACCAACGAGCCAGUUGGUCGACGUGUUUGUUGGACCAACGAGCCAGUUGGUCCACGUGUUUGUUGGACCAACAAGCCAGUUGGUCGACGUGUUUGAUGGACCAACAAGCCAGCUGGUCCGCGUGUUUGUUGGACCAACAAGCCAGCUGGUCCGCGUGUUUGUUGGACCAACAAGCCAGCUGGUCCACGUGUUUGAUGGACCAACAAGCCAGCUGGUCCACGUGUUCGUUGGACCAACAAGCCAGUUGGACCAACUGGCUAGUUGGUCCACGCGCUCGAUGGACCAACAAGCCAGUUGGUCCACGCGCUCGAUGGACCAACAAGCCAGUUGGUCCACGCGCUCGAUGGACCAACAAGCCAGUUGGUCCACGCGCUCGAUGGACCAACAAGCCAGUUGGUCCACGCGCUCGUUGGACCAACAAGCCAGUUGGUCCACGCGCUCGUUGGACCAACAAGCCAGUUGGUCCACGCGCUCGAUGGACCAACAAGCCAGUUGGUCCACGCGCUCGAUGGACCAACAAGCCAGUUGGUCCACGCGCUCGAUGGACCAACAAGCCAGUUGGUCCACGCGCUCGAUGGACCAACAACCCAGCUGUUGGUCCACGCGCUCGAUGGACCAACAAGCCAGUUGGUCCACGCGCUCGAUGGACCAACAAGCCAGUUGGUCCACGCGCUCGAUGGACCAACAAGCCAGUUGGUCCACGCGCUCGUUGGACCAACAAGCCAGUUGGUCCACGCGCUCGAUGGACCAACAAGCCAGUUGGUCCACGCGCUCGAUGGACCAACAAGCCAGUUGGUCCACGCGCUCGCUUUCCAUCACCCCGCCCAAUUCUCCCGCUUUCCAUCACCACGCCCCAUUUUCCCGCUUUCUAUCACCCCGCCCAAUUCUCUUGCUUUCCAUCACCCCGCCCCAUUCUCCCUCUUUCCAUCACCUCGCCCCAUUCUCCCUCUUUCCAUCACCCGCCCCAUUCUCCCGCUUUCCAUCACCCCGCCCCAUUCUCCCGCUUUCCAUCACCUCGCCCCAUUCUCCCGCUUUCCAUCACCCCACUCCAUUCUCCCGCUUUCCAUCACCCCGGCCCAUUCUCCCGCUUUCCAUCACCCCGCCCCAUUCUCCCUCUUUCCAUCACCCCGCCCCAUUCUCCCGCUUUCCAUCACCUCGCCCCAUUCUCCAGCUUUCCAUCACCUCACUCCAUUCUCCCGCUUUCCAUCACCUCGCCCAAUUCUCCCGCUUUCCAUCAUCCCUCCCCAUUCUCCCUCUUUCCAUCACCCCGCCCCGUUCUCCCUCUUUCCAUCACCCCGCCCCAUUCUCCCGCUUUCUAUCACCCCGCCCCAUUCUCCCUCUUUCUAUCACCCCGCACGAUUCUCCCGCUUUCCAUCACCCCGCCCCAUUCUCCCUCUUUCUAUCACCCCGCCCCAUUCUCCCUCUUUCCAUCACCCCGCCCCAUUCUCCCUGCUUCCAUCACCUCGCCCCAUUCUCCCGCUUUCCAUCACCCCGCUCCAUUCUCCCUCUUUCCAUCACCCCGCCCCAUUCUCGCGCUUUCCAUCACCCCGCCCCAUUCUCCCGAUUUCCAUCACCCCGCCCCAUUCUCCCGCUUUCCAUCACCCCGCCCCAUUCUCCCGCUUUCCAUCACCCCGCCCCAUUCUACCGCUUUCCAUCACAGCGCCCCAUUCUCCCUCUUUCCAUCACCCCGCCCCAUUCUCCAUCUUUUCAUCACCCCGCCCCAUUCUCCCGCUUUCCAUCACCCCGCCCCAUUCUCCCGAUUUCCAUCACCCCGCCCCAUUCUCCCGCUUUCCAUCACCCCGCCCCAUUCUCCCGCUUUCCAUCACCCCGCCCCAUUCUCUCGCUUUCCAUCACCCCGCCCCGUUCUCCCUCUUUCCAUCACCCCGCCCCAUUCUCCCGAUUUCCAUCACCCCGCCUCAUUCUCCCGCUUUCCAUCACCCCUCCCCAUUCUCCCGCUUUCCAUCACCCGCCCCAUUCUCCCGCUUUCCAUCACCCGCCCCAUUCUCCCGCUUUCCAUCAACCCGCCCCAUUCUCCCGCUUUCCAUCACCCCACCCCAUUCUCCCGCUUUCCAUCACCCCGCCCCAUUCUUCCGCUUUCCAUCACCCCGCCCCAUUCUCCCGCUUUCCAUCACCCCACCCCAUUCUCCCGCUUUCCAUCACCCCGCCCCAUUCUCCUGCUUUCCAUCACCCCGCCCCAUUCUCCCGCUUUCCAUCACCCCGCCCCAUUCUCCCGCUUUCCCUCACCCCGCCCCAUUCUCCCGCUUUCCAUCACCCCGGCCCAUUCUCCCGCUUUCCAUCACCCCGCCCCAUUCUCCCGCUUCCCAUCACCCCUCCCUAUUCUCCCUGUAUCAUCACCCCACCCCAUUCUCCCGCUUUCCAUCACCCCGCCCCAUUCUCCCUCUUUCCAUCACCCCGCCCCAUUCUCCCGCUUUCCAUCACCCCGCCCCAUUCUCCCGCUUUCCAUCACCCCGCCCCAUUCUCCCGCUUUCCAUCACCCCACCCCAUUCUCCCGCUUUCCAUCACUCCGCCCCAUUCUCCCGCUUUCUAUCACCCCGCCCCAUUCUCCCGCUUUUCAUCACCCCGCCCCAUUCUCCCGCUUUCCAUCACCCCGCCCUAUUUUCCCGCUGUCCAUAACCCCGCCCCAUUCUCCCGCUUUCCAUCAUCCCGCCCCAUUCUCCCGCUUUCCAUCACCCCGCCCCAUUCUCCCGCUUUCCAUCACCCCGCCCCAUUCUCCCUCUUUCCAUCACCCUGCCCCAUUCUCCCUCCUUCCAUCACCCCGCCCCAUUCUCCCGUUUUCCAUCACCUCGCCACAUUCUCCCGCUUUCCAUCACCCCGCCCCAUUCUCCCUCUUUCCAUCACCCCUUCCCUCUUUCCAUCACCCCACCCCAUUCUCCCGCUUUCCAUCAACCCGCCCCAUUCUCCCGCUUUCCGUCACCCCGCCCCAUUCUCCCGCUUUCCAUCACCCCGCCCCAUUCUCCCUCUUUCCAUCACCCCGCCCCAUUCUCCCGCUUUCCAUCACCCCGCCCUAUUCUCCCUCUUUCCAUCACCCCGCCCCAUUCUCCUUGUUAAUUUCCAUCACCCCGCCCCAUUCUCCCUCUUUCCAUCACCCCACUCCAUUCUCCCGCUUUCCAUCACCCCGCCCCAUUCUCCCACUUUCCAUCACCCCGCCCCAUUCUCCCUCUUUCCAUCACCCCGCCCCAUUCUCCCGCUUUCCAUCACCCCGCCCCAUUCUCCCGAUUUCCAUCACCCCGCCCCAUUCAACCGCUUUCCAUCACCCCGCCCCAUUCUCCCGUUUUCCAUCACCCCGCCCCAUUCUCCCGCUUUCCAUCACCCCGCCCCAUUCUCCCGCUUUCCAUCACCCCGCCCCAUUCUCCCGUUUUCCAUCACCCCGCCCCAUUCUCCCGCUUUCCAUCACCCCGCCCCAUUCUCCCGCUUUCCAUCACCCGCCCCAUUCUCCCGCUUUCCAUCACCCCGCCCCAUUCUCCCGCUUUCCAUCACCCCGCCCCAUUCUCCCGCUUUCCAUCACCCCGCCCCAUUCUCCCUCUUUCCAUCACCCCGCCCCAUUCUGGUCCACGUGUUUGUUGGACCAACAAGCCAGUUGGUCCACGUGUUUGUUGGACCAACAAGCCAGUUGGUCCACGUGUUUGUUGGACCAACAAGCCAGUUGCUCCACGUGUUUGUUGGACCAACAAGCCAGUUGCUCCACGUGUUUGUUGGACCAACAAGCCAGUUGGUCCACGUGUUUGUUGGACCAACAAGCCAGUUGCUCGACCUGUUUGUUGGACCAACAAGCCAGUUGGUCGACGUGUUUGUUGGACCAACAAGCCAGGUGGUCGACGUGUUUGAUGGACCAACAAGCCAGGUGGUCGACGUGUUUGAUGGACCAACAAGCCAGGUGGUCGACGCGUUUGUUGGACAACAAGCCAGCCAGGUGGUCGACGUGUUUGAUGGACCAACAAGCCAGGUGGUCGACGAGUUUGAUGGAGUAACAAGCCAGCUGGUCCACGUGUUUGUUGGACCAACAAGCCAGGUUGUCCACGUGUUUGUUGGACCAACAAGCCAGUUGGUCCACGUGUUUGUUGGACCAACAAGCCAGGUUGUCCACGUGUUUCAUGGACCAACAAGCCAGUUGGUCGACGUGUUUGAUGGACCAACAAGCCAGUUGGUCCACGUGUUUGUUGGACCAACAAGCCAGUUGGUCGACGUGUUUGAUGGACCAACAAGCCAGUUGGUCCACGUGUUUGUUGGACCAACAAGCCAGUUGGUCCACGUGUUUGAUGGACCAACAAGCCAGCUGGUCCGCGUGUUUGUUGGACCAACAAGCCAGCUGGUCCGCGUGUUUGUUGGACCAACAAGCCAGUUGGUCCGCGUGUUUGAUGGACCAACAAGCCAGUUGGUCCGCGUGUUUGAUGGACCAACAAGCCAGUUGGUCCGCGUGUUUGAUGGACCAACAAGCCAGUUGGUCCGCGUGUUUGAUGGACCAACAAGCCAGUUGGUCCGCGUGUUUGAUGGACCAACAAGCCAGUUGGUCCGCGUGUUUGAUGGACCAACAAGCCAGUUGGUCCGCGUGUUUGAUGGACCAACAAGCCAGUUGGUCCGCGUGUUUGAUGGACCAACAAGCCAGUUGGUCCGCGUGUUUGAUGGACCAACAAGCCUGGUGGUCCGCGUGUUUAUUGGACCAACGAGCCAGGUGGUCCGCGUGUUUGAUGGACCAACGAGCCAGUUGGUCGACGUGUUUGUUGGACCAACGAGCCAGUUGGUCGACGUGUUUGAUGGACCAACGAGCCAGUUGGUCGACGUGUUUGAUGGACCAACGAGCCAGUUGGUCCACGUGUUUGAUGGACCAACGAGCCAGUUGGUCCACGUGUUUGAUGGACCAACGAGCCAGUUGGUCGACGUGUUUGUUGGACCAACGAGCCAGUUGGUCCACGUGUUUGUUGGACCAACAAGCCAGUUGGUCGACGUGUUUGAUGGACCAACAAGCCAGUUGGUCCGCGUGUUUGACGUGUUUGUUGGACCAACAAGCCAGUUGGUCCGCGUGUUUGUUGGACCAACAAGCCAGCUGGUCCGCGUGUUUGUUGGACCAACAAGCCAGCUGGUCCGCGUGUUUGUUGGACCAACAAGCCAGCUGGUCCGCGUGUUUGUUGGACCAACAAGCCAGCUGGUCCGCGUGUUUGUUGGACCAACAAGCCAGCUGGUCCGCGUGUUUGUUGGACCAACAAGCCAGUUGGUCCGCGUGUUUGUUGGACCAACAAGCCAGCUGGUCCGCGUGUUUGUUGGACCAACAAGCCAGCUGGUCCGCGUGUUUGUUGGACCAACAAGCCAGCUGGUCCGCGUGUUUGUUGGACCAACAAGCCAGCUGGUCCGCGUGUUUGAUGGACCAACAAGCCAGCUGGUCCACGUGUUUGAUGAAGGCUUGAAGGAUUGA